AUGACUUCUCUCCAAAUUCGCACAUUGCUCACACCGCCAGAUGUAAAACAGGCUCACAACAAGACUGUUUUAUACCUCAACAAUAGUUUCAAAUCCUUUGACGACCUCGAAGGGCUCGAAAAUGUCGUUGAAGAAGCCCAACAGCAAGAUGAGCUGCUUCAGGCGAAGCUUGCAAAUUCACAAGAGGCUAUCGACAAGCUGUUAUCUCAAACGCGUGAAGCAGCCUUGACACACUCCAAUACGGCGCAGGACCUUUCGCUGCAACGUCACUCCCUUGCGGAUGAAUUGUCGUACCUCUCCGACAAACUCACCUCGGCCUACUCGGAGGAGAACGAAGGUCCAACGCUGCUAGAAGACAUCGAGACUCUGCAUCGCAAUCUGAAGGAAUUGGAGAGUGUCAAAGGUUAUGUGCAGGUCAUUCACCACGCGCUGAAGCUUAGCGAAUCGGCCUGCCAGCAAGUGCGCGACAUCUCUGCCACAGACACCUUGUCGCAAUCUUCCGUGACCGAAUACCAAGCCCUCCAACAAUUCGUGCUCAAAGUUUCCACCGCGGUUUCGGGUGUUGAAGAUGUUGUCGGAAACCAGACUUUACAUCUGUUGACGUUCUUGGAAAAAAUACGCGAUAAAUGCUGGGCGGACAUCAAAGGAGUUCUAUCCAGCACGCUGCUGGUUGCUUCCGAGAAGCUUGGGUGGCCAAUGCCUGUUAAUUACGUUGCUGCGUCUUCACAGGACAGAAAAACAUUCGAAAAGGCUUUCCAAGAUUUGUUGCGAUUGCAGUCUUUCGGCGAAAAAAAUUCGCCCUCCAGCAAAUCCCAAGGAGAGCCAAUUUCCAUGCGCUUCAAAUACCACUUCGAAGGUUCUCGGGAAACAAAUAGGAUUGACAAACCCGAGUGGUAUUUUACGCAUAUCCAAAAUGUCAUCCACGAGCACCAACCCUUCAUGGACGCGGUAAUUCAGCCUCUGCUAGCUGCCACUGACUACGGCAACAUUGUUGCACAGAGAGAAUUCACGCUUCUUCUUUUCCCUUUGCUGUCGCGAAAGUUGCGACGAUCGAUGCCAUCCCUCCUUCCUCGUCCACCGCUCCUUGCGCACACAAUUUAUCAAGCGUUGCUCUUCGAUGCAGCAGUUCGAGAAGAGCACUUUAAUCUUGCAGGAACAUCAGCAAGCCAAUCGGGCAAGUCGGACGACGGAGACAAAUGGGACGGAAUAAGCGAAAUUAUCUUGGGUCAGGAAGAAUGGUUCUCUGUCUGGCUUUCUGGCGAAAAGCAGUUUGCUGAAAAUCAGUACAACGAAAUCAUCUCCGCUACCGAUGCCUGGCAUAUUGCUGAAGAUGAGGGCGAAGCUGACUUGCCACAUACUGAUUUGCGGUCCACGGCCUCAGCGAGACGACUUAAAGCGCUUGUAGAACAAGUUACUGAUCGAUAUUCCCCUCUUCCUCAAUUCGCCCAUCGAACCCGUUUCUUGAUCAGUGUCCAAAUUCCACUGCUAGAAAACUACUAUGGCCGGAUUCUUUCAUCAUUGGAUGCAUUCGAAACGCUUUCGUCGGCGUUUGUUCGUGCAGUGCCUGGCGCGUUGGCUGUUAGUCUGGGUGGUCGAGAUGAGACCUCAGUCAAGGUCGAUGCACGGCGACUUACGGCUGGUGUUGAAGGAGUUCAACGGCUAUGUAAAGCCUGGCUAAGCUCGCGGUACAUGGAAUCAGCCAUGGAAGGCUGGGGAGAUGAACUGUUCUUCUUGGAGCUUUGGACGGAAAUUUCACGACGGGCGGCUUUGCGGGCCCAAGCGCAAGUGGUCGCAUCUUUACCUGAUCCUCGCCCCAGCAACUCCGCAGCUCCACAAGAGACGGUAUUCGAGGAACUCGUUAGUCUGUAUCGGAAAUUGAUGGAGAGGGCUGAGGAGAUGAUCGUCCAACAAGUAUGUGGGGAAAUAGAAAGUGGCCUAAAAGCACAUUUUUCGGCAACCACAACACCAAACCCAAACCGUCCGCCCUCUGAAGACAUUGCGUUAUCCCAAACACUUUUGGGCCCGAUCUCGCUCCUCUCCACUCAUUUAGGCUACCUCCGAACAACGCUACCUGGCAGCACCUUGACUUCCAUUUACCGCCGGAUUGCUAGCCGCCUUGCGGAAUACAUACUGCAGCGGCAAAUUCUGUACCGCGGCCAACUGACGCGUCAUGAAGGUAGAUCGAUAGCGGCGGAAUGCCAUUUGUGGGUCGAAACCUGUCAGACGGGAUUGGGUGGCGCUCUUGGUGGCGGACGUGCUCGUGUUGAGCGACCAUGGCUUAAACUAUUACAAGCAGGCCGAUUGUUAGGACUGGAAGGUGACAGCUGGGACAAGGCUCGAGAUGCAACGUUUGGGGCCCGCAGCGCAGAUGAAUGGGAAGAGUUGAUGCUGGACCUUACCGGGGCGAGUCAACUAACGUUGGAGGAGGUGCAGCGUAUCGUUAGGAAUGUGAACGAGUAA